UUAUAUGGAAUGUUAUCCUGUAUAAGCCAACAGCGAUCACCGUUCAUAUUAAUCUGUAACAUUAGACUGGUAUUGGUUGCAAUAUAACACAAUUGGAAACAUCGGAUGUUAUGAAACGAUUGCAGUUCUUUAUGUUCUUCAUGUUAAGCCUAUAAAAGCAGAUGACUCUUUUGCCAGGCCAUGAAUUCUUAGUUUGAAUUUUAAUGCAAGUUGCUUUGUUGUUUGAAAAAGAAGUAAUGCAACUACAAACAAGUAUAGUGUAUGCAAUAUAUGUAAUUGUGUUUAUGUAUGGCACAAUUAACAGCACAUCAACGGACAUAUAUAAUUUAAACUACAAUAACAUAAACUACAACGAUCCCGACAUCACCUGUGGCAAUCUGACCUGUUACGGACCAUUCACCAAUGCCUGCAACACAACUCUAGACCAACCUUGCGAAUGCUUAUUGGAAUUUGAGGGAGAAUCUUGCCAGUUUGAUUUUAACGAAUGCGGUCCCGGGCAUCGACCAUGUGGCACAACAGGGCUAUGUGUCAAUACAAUCCGAAGUUUUACGUGCAUUUGUCUGAAUGGCUGGACGGGAGACCGCUGUCGAUACAGAAACGGUGAUCCUAAAGAAUGCAUUCCAGGAUGGACGGGGCCAUUAUGUCGCGAUGAUAUAAACGAAUGUGAAAGCUCGUAUAUGUUUAAAUGUGAAAAUCAUCAACUUUGCGUCAAUAAUCGAGGCAGUUAUUCAUGCGGGUGUAACUACGGAUGGACAGGAGACCACUGCGAAACGUACAUCGAUGAAUGCAUCCCUGCAUUUAAAACGUGUCAAAACGGAGCCGCAUGCCAAAAUCAACCAGGAUUAUACGAAUGCAUUUGCCCCCCUGAGUGGACAGGUAAAAAUUGCUCGCAGAAAAACUAUUGUAAUUUGAACCCAUGUAGGCAUAAUGAGAGAUGCUUGAACGGACAAACUAGCAGAAAUUGCACGUGCCUUGAUGGAUGGAAAGGCGAAAACUGCACAGAUGAUAUAGAUGAAUGUUUGCAAUCACCGUGCAUAAACAAUGGCAACUGCACCAACAUGAACGGGACGUUUGUAUGUGCUUGCUCAGAGGACCGGGAGGGUCACGAGUGUGAGAUAGUUGUACAUAAGCGAGCCCGGACGUUUUCAAAGAAUUGGUUUAAAAACGGUGAAAACAUGUGGAUCAUCGUUAGUUCCGUGGCUGGGCUCAUUAUUGUCAUUGUAACCGGAUUAUGCUUCUGCAAUAAAUGUGGGUACAACAAAAUCCGAAGCGAAUCAUCGGCUACUGACUAGGGACGAAUCAAGGCUGCUAUAUACACAUAUUGUUAAAAAGAAUCGCUUCAAAUUAUCGAAUCCAUUUCGACGUAUCUGCAAUUGCAGUGGAAAUUUAAUUAAUGUUUUAGAAGCCAUGAAUAUUAUUAACACUUUGGCAAUAUUUAUUUAAUUAACUUUGUAUUUUAGUCUUUACA